CAAAUUCAUCAAUCUUGCAAACUAGUGUAAUUAUUCCGAGCAUCAAAAAUGGCCUCUCAAUAUUCUUGCCUCCUCUUGGCCUUGCUUGUUACCUUAGCAACCGUAAACACGAGCCUUGCGGCUCGCUGUCUUUUAGACACUCCUGCGCCCGAAUCCGCACCGAUCGUACCAACUCUGCCUUCGAUACCGACGCUUCCAAAACCGACGAUUCCGACCGAACCACCACCAAUGCCAUCCAUUCCCAUUCCGACGAUUCCAUUGCCAAAACUCGCGGCCCCGCCCAUGCCUGAGAUCCCGACCACUUUGCCGACCGAAUUGCCUCCGAUGCCUGCCAUGCCGACCAUUCCUUCUAUUCCGGAGAGCAUUCCUCCGAUGCCUUCUAUUCCCAAGACGAUUCCAUCGAUCCCUGGGGUGCAGAUUCCGUACAUUCCUUUCUUAUCCCAGCCUCCCGCGACCACGAGCCCGUGAAGGGUAGAGUUUUCUUGUUUGUUUAUGUAAUAGUGUGAUGGUGUUGUAUUUAUAGUGUGAGAGGGGAUUAUUGUUGUUGCUCGUUGCUAUAGAUAUUAUUAGUACGUAAUGUUUCAGUUCGGUUUUGUAUCUUGUGAGGAUUGUUUUAUUCGCCUGAGCUUGUCAGUGCGCCUGUCCAUGUACCUAUUUGUACUUCUAUUACAUACUUUGUUAGUAUUCUGUUCGUAA